AGAUGGCCCCUUGAGCCGGCAGAACAGUUUAAUUUGUCGAACAAAAAGCUCAGAUUGAAAAGUGAUCGCGAUUGAGAAAGUUGAGACUCCAGACAGAGUUCCAGUGUUUUAGUAUUCCCCAUAAUGAGAGUGGUGUUAGCCUUAGGCCUGCUGGUAGGCCUGAUAUUAUCAGGCGAUGCUACAAAUCCACCGAAAUGGGACCCCAACUACAUUGUCAAGGGUACCUUGUACAUUCCCUACGCCGAGAUCGCCGAGCCCUUUUAUGCCUGGUAUGACAAGAACACAAAACGCUCCCGCAUCGACUAUUACGGCGGAAUGGUGAAGACGUACCAAUUGGCCGGAGAGGGAGACUUUGGUACCAUGUUGAAGCUGGCCCCCAUUACCACCAAAACGGAGACGAACAAGCUGACAUGCCUGCAGGUGAAUGGAACUAAGGAGGAGUCGGUGCAGAUCCAGAGCAUUCUGCCGGAUGCGAAACCCUUCCAGCUGGUGGGAACAGAAACCUUUUUGGGCUACACCUGCGACAAGUUCCGGCUGGAGUCGGUCAUUGGUCAGAAGAAGAACGUGUAUACGUUGUGGGUGCGCUACAAGAAGUCGCCUCACUACCCGGCCAGCCGAAUGCCCAUCCCCGUGCGCUACGAAAUGCGGGGCUACAAUACCCUAUUGGGCUCCCACUACGACCACUACUACCUCGACUAUGAUAGCUACGAGCACGACGACAUUCCCAACGAGGUGUUCGAGAUCGACGAUAGCCUGCAGUGCGUCGGAUUCCCCGGACCAGGCACAGGUCACUUCGCCACCUUCAACCCAAUGCAAGAGUUUGUUAGUGGCGUCGAUAAGCAUGUGGAGAAGGCCUUCCAUCACUUCAAGCGCAAGCACGGAGUCUCCUAUAACAGCGACAAGGAGCACGAGCACCGCAUGAACAUCUUCCGUCAGAAUCUGCGUUACAUUCACUCCAAGAACCGUGCCAAGCUCAGCUAUACGCUGGCCGUUAACCACCUGGCUGACAAGACCGAGGACGAGCUCAAGGCGCGUCGUGGCUACCGAUCCUCUGGUGUCUACAACACCGGUAAACCCUUCCCUUACGAUGUGCCCAAAUUCAAGGAUGAAAUCCCCGCGCAGUACGAUUGGAGACUCUUCGGAGCCGUCACACCCGUAAAAGAUCAAUCUGUCUGCGGAUCCUGCUGGUCGUUUGGAACCAUUGGUCACCUGGAGGGUGCCUUCUUCUUGAAAAACGGAGGCAACCUGGUCCGACUCUCGCAGCAGGCCUUGAUCGAUUGCUCCUGGGCGUAUGGAAACAAUGGCUGUGACGGCGGUGAGGACUUCCGCGUCUACCAGUGGAUGCUGCAGGUCGGAGGUGUGCCCACUGAAGAGGAGUACGGUCCCUACCUGGGACAGGAUGGCUAUUGCCACAUCAACAACGUGACCUUGGUGGCUCCGAUCAAGGGCUUCGUAAACGUGACCUCCAACGACCCGAACGCCUUCAAGCUGGCUCUGCUCAAGCACGGGCCUCUGUCGGUGGCCAUUGACGCCUCCCCCAAGACCUUCAGCUUCUACUCUCACGGUGUGUACUACGAACCGGAAUGCAAGAACGACGUGGAUGGACUUGACCAUGCCGUGCUGGCUGUGGGUUAUGGCACCAUCAAUGGCGAGGACUACUGGCUGGUGAAGAACUCGUGGUCCACCUACUGGGGCAACGAUGGAUACAUCCUGAUGUCCGCCCGCAAGAACAACUGUGGUGUCAUGACCAUGCCCACAUAUGUGGAAAUGUAAACAUUUCCCACUCACUCAUCGUUUCGAUUUUCUGUAAUCUUACUUAUUUUCCCGCCCCGAGGGCGUUAAAUAUGCAAUAUACAUAUAUACAUAUAUAGUGCCGAUGUGCACUCUUUUGUAA